AUGGGUAGCACAAACGACCCUGUUCCGCCGCAUAACCGUGCGCGAGAGCUCAAAAUGCACGACUGUCUCAUUGAAGUGACCCGCCUCGAAGGCGGCCAGUCAGCUGUCUUCUGGCUCGGAGGCUACCUGGACAAUGAAACCCGCAUCAACCCAGAUGGUACUUUCGAUCCCACCAGGCUGGACUACGAGGAAUUCGAAACGGAUCUGAUGGAACACCUCAACUACGAUUCCCACGAAGACGAGAUUCGAUGGGAUCACAACAGCGCUUUGCAGUCUCGGACAAACCCUGACGAGCCUCCAGCCUUUUCGGUUCGGACCUACAACACCUGGGUGGCCGCUCUUCUGGCCAUGCAACACUCUUCCUCGGGCCGUGUUGGCUCGGGAUCGCAGUCCUCCUCCACUGCUGGUUCUACCAUCAUGACCGCUCGUUUUACUAUCGUGUGA